AUGAGGUACAGCCUACUCUCCGUCCUCCCGGCCCUUGCGGCAGCCUCGCCCACCUUCCAGGUCGACACCAUUCACAAAGACGCAGCCCCGGUGCUGUCGUCAACACAUGCUAAGGAGGUGCCCAAUUCGUACAUGGUCGUCUUCAAGAAGCACGUCAAGGACACCAAGAAGCACCACGACUGGGUCCAGAGCGUGCACACAAAGAAGAGCGAUGAGCGUAUGGAGCUGCGCAAGCGGUCACAGUUCCCCAUCACAGCAGAGGUCUUCGAUGGCCUCAAGCACACAUACGAGAUUGCCGGCGGCCUGAUGGGCUAUUCUGGCCACUUCGAUGACGAAACCAUCGAGGCCAUCCGGAGACACCCAGAUGUCGACUACAUCGAGCGCGACUCAGAGGUCCACACCCUCGGUGGAGACGACGAGCACGAGACGGAGAAGAACGCCCCCUGGGGUCUUGCCCGUAUCUCCCACCGCGACUCGCUGAGCUUCAGCACCUGGAACAAGUACCUAUACUCCUCUGACGGUGGUGAGGGUGUCGACGUCUAUGUCAUCGACACUGGCACCAACGUCAAGCACGUCGACUUCGAGGGUCGCGCUCACUGGGGCAAGACCAUCCCCAACGGCGAUGCUGAUGAGGAUGGCAACGGCCACGGCACCCAUUGCUCUGGCACCGUUGCUGGCAAGAAGUACGGUGUGGCCAAGAAGGCCAAGGUCUACGCUGUCAAGGUCCUUCGCUCCAACGGCUCUGGCACCAUGUCGGAUGUCGUCAAGGGUGUCGAGUACGCUGCAAAGGCCCACACUGAGGCUGUCAAGGCUGCCAAGGAUGGUAAGAAGAAGGGCUUCAAGGGCAGCGCUGCCAACAUGAGCUUGGGCGGUGGCAAGUCCACGACGCUUGAUCUUGCUGUCAACGCCGCUGUCGACGCUGGUAUCCACUUCGCCGUCGCUGCCGGUAACGACAACGCCGACUCCUGCAACUACUCUCCUGCUGCUGCUGAGAACGCCGUCACCGUUGGUGCCUCCACCCUCCUUGACGAGCGUGCCUACUUCUCCAACUUCGGAAAGUGCAACGACAUCUUCGCCCCCGGUCUCAACAUCCUCUCCACCUGGAUCGGCUCGGAGCACGCCACCAACACCAUCUCUGGUACCUCCAUGGCUUCUCCUCACAUCGCUGGUCUCCUUGCCUACCUGCUGUCUCUCCAGCCUGCCAAGGACUCCGCUUAUGCCGUCGCUGAUAUCACCCCCAAGAAGCUCAAGGCCAACUUGAUCUCGGUCGCUACCGUUGGUGCUCUGACCGAUGUCCCCAGCAACACCAAGAACAUCCUCGCCUGGAACGGUGGUGGCUCUUCCAACUUCACCAAGAUCGUCGAGCAGGGCGGAUACACUGUCAAGAAGUCUGUUGACGAGGAGAAGGAGUCCGAGUUCCGCAUCACCAUCCCUUCCCUCGCUGACAUCGAGGCCGACUUCGAGAAGGCCAAGGGCGCUGCUGGUCGCACCGGCCGCCGCGUCGGAGGCAAGCUCUCCAAGCUCGAGUCUGAGAUGGAGGACUUCAUUGCUGAGGAGAUGGAGAGCAUGUUCGAGAAGGUCAAGGAGCGCGUUGCUCGUCAGUAG